AUGCACAAGUCAGCUCGUCAAAGCCGUGGAGCGUGGUCUCGCCGUCGGGCUGUGGGCUUUGAUGGCCUACAUGGUGAUAUACUUGAUGGGGUUAUGGGCCUCAUGGUUUUUCAUAAGUCCAUGUGCGACGACGAGAGUUUGGGUACUAUUGGCAGUAUCGUUAGGCAGAAUCUUAGUGCUGGAAAGGACAUCCGCCUUGAACGCGGUCAAGAGUUGGUUCUACCAGCAGUGGGGCGUAGGGCAAGCCCGGGUUGA